UCGCUCUGUUCAGUAUUCAUAUUAAACGGAGCACGAUAACACGUAUGCGGUAGUUACAGAACAUGAAAAACUCCGUUCGUUAAACUCGCGACAGAAAUAAUAUUAAAAAAAUAUAAAAUAAGACUAAAACUGUACUAGCAGUUCCCAGUUCAAUACAAAACCCAAGUAAUCUCAACCCGGCGUUACACAUCGUUAUCUAAGUCGCUGAAUUAAUAUAAGUAUUUUGUCAAAUAUAAAUUAAUAGAGCACACAAAUAUAUACACAUGCUUUACUUGUCGAGGUAAUACUCGCCAGGGGAGUAAUUGUCAAUGGAACUAAAAAAUAUUCAAUUAAGUUAUUGUCAUUGCUCUUUCUGGAAUUUCUCAGAUCGACUUUUGAAGAACUGAAAAAAAUUAAUAAUUAUUUGUAUAUGUAAUCACGACCUUGAAAUAAUUUCCUUGAAACAAAUUUGCAGUGGAUGCAGUUUCAGACACUGAGGGUAGUGUGAGAAUCUUCGAAUUGAAAAAAAUAGUCAGAUGUUGGCUGACAGAGGACGUUGAUUAAAAAAGUAAUUUUAAUUACACAUUUAAUUUCUUUCGGUUCGGAAAAGUGAUUUAAUUAUUAAAAGUUUAUUUUAUUGUAAUUAUAUUUUUAUUAUGUGUAUUGUGAUUGAGUGAAUCUUUACGUGGGCGUUAACGAUUAGUUUUUCUUGCCUGUGAUUUUGGUUAUGUCCUAAAUAAGUACUAGUUUAGUACACGCUGCUAUUUUCCAAGUAUUACAUAUAAUAUUCCUGUUUAAAUUGGAUUAGAAGAGUUUAGUGGCCAUUAAUAACACCAGAGCGAGUAAAGAGCCCAAAGUAAAAAAGCGACAAUGCCGACGGUGUUUCUAGCCCGAUUGCCAGUUCCCAGUUUCCGAGUUUACACCGUAAUUAGUGUUGCUAUAUGGUCAUGUUCGGUUUAUUAUGCAGCCCAGAUAGUUAAGGAUCCUGGAUGGCACUCAAAUAAUACUCCGAUUACCCUCAGUGAUCAAAAUAAUAAUGGAACCGAAAGCGGGAAUGGUUCAAAUGACUCGAGGACACCGGGUAUGCACUUGAAAGAACUUCUUGCCUGUAUGAUUCAAGAACCCGUUUGCUUUUGGCCGUUAAUGAACAUAGCUUACUGCGCGUUGAUUCUUCUCGGGAAAACGAUUCAAAAAUUUGUCUUCGGAGAACUAAGAGCAUCGGAGCGACAGCAUCUAAAAGAUAAAUUUGGAAAUUUUAUAUUCUACAAGUUCAUAUUUGUGUUUGGUGUUCUAAACGUUCAAUAUGCUGAUGAGAUCGUUUUAUGGUGGGCAUGGUUCACUGCUCUUGGAUUUCUGGGUCUUCUCAGCCAGCUCUGUAAAGAUCGAUUCGUUUACUUAUCCUUUUCGCCAACAACACCCGGAUGGAGUCACGCGCGUCUUCUCGGCUUACUCGCGGCGAUCCUGGCUCUAUCCUUGUUCAUGCUACUUAUAUCGACAGCAGCAGCCUUAUUUUUUGUGUCCUUCAAUACUUAUGCGUUUAUGGCAGCUGAGUGUAUCCUGCUGUCAGUUCGUACAACUCACGUGAUGCUGCGAUACGCGAUUCACCUUUACGACACGAGAUCAUCGCCCCGGUCAUCAGACAAACGUGGACCGCUGGCUUAUUACACGGAAUUAAUUUGCGAAUUAACUGUUCUCGCAGUUGACUUUCUUCACCAUGUGCACAUGCUGUUGUGGAGCAACAUUUUACUAAGCAUGGCGUCACUUGUAAUAUGCAUGCAGUUACGCUUCCUAUUUCAUGAGAUUCAACGUAGAAUUACUAAACACAGGAACUAUCUUGCAGUAUUAAACCAUAUGGAGAAAAACUACCCAAUGGCCGCACCAGAAGAACUAGCCGAAAAUUGCGACAACUGCGCAAUAUGUUGGGAGAAAAUGGACUCAGCCCGAAAAUUGCCAUGCAGCCACUUGUUCCACAACUCCUGCUUGCAAUCUUGGCUGGAACAAGACACCUCGUGUCCGACAUGCAGACUGACAUUGAGCAUGCAGGCUAAUAGACGUGAUAGCACAGUAGAAUUAAGAGUAGAGUCACCCGAAUCACAGACAUCAGUUGGUAGAAAUGACAAUCACUUCUUUCACUUUGACGGCUCGCGGUACGUGUCUUGGCUGCCGAGUUUUUCUGUUGAAGUUACGCAUAAUCGUCUGCGAGGUGACAUUCUUACCUUGGCACACAGCAAUUCUCAGCUGGAUGCAAUGGCAAGACAAGUAUUACAGUUAUUUCCUCAUUACCCGCGGAAUGUUGUAUUAGAAGACUUAAGAAUCACCAGAUCUGUCGAGUUAACAGUAGAAAAUAUCUUAGACGGUAGAUUAACGCUGCCGCAUCAUGUGAUUGGUGAGAUCGAACCUGAAACUUCGACUCAAACUCAAACUAGUAGUAAUCAUAUUUUGCCUAGUCCAGUUACUUCAAAGACGUGGGAUCCUAAAUUUGAUGUACCUGUUGUUGAUAGAUUGUCACCAAGUAAUGAUAUUAUUCAAAUAGUGGAAAAUCAAACUGAAGAACCAUCAACUGUUGGCGGAAGAUUUUCAAAAUGUUCAAGUGAACGUGAGCGAAUAUUACACCGUCGUAAAGAGCAUAUGCUUUUGACAGCAAGACGAAAGUAUCUUGAGAAACACCGAAAGUCUGAAGUUGAGUCAACAUCAUCUGGAAUUUGUUCUGACAAUUCAAUAGAGUCCAGAUCUUAAAAUAACUCAUUAAAUAAAUUUAUUUUAAUUAUUAUUUUCGAGUAAAAUUAUUGAAAAAAUUGGUAAUU